AUUUCUUAUCUUUUAAUUUUGGAAUCAGAAGAUAAGAAUGUUUACACUAUAAAAUAUGGAUAUGAUACAUGAUAUGAGGCACACCAAAAAUAUAUACAAUUUAACUUUGAAAAAAAUAUGAAUUCUUAUCCUGGUAGUUCAUCGUAUUUAUCAUCAUCGUCUUCUUCAGAUGAUGAAUAUUAUGAUGAUAUAGAAAUGCAAGUGGUAGGUCAAAUCACUGCUAACAAUAAUUUUUGUAUCGCUCAACACCAACAAAAUCAAAGCUCACGUCGAGGCUCGAUUCCUGGUCAUAUAGUUAUUAACCGUGACCGGGAAAAUGCUGAUCGUAAUCUUUUCAACGACUAUUUUGCAGAGAAUCCUCGAUUUACCGAUUUGAUGUUUCGCCGAAGAUUUCGAAUGGGUCGUGCUUUAUUCCUUCGUAUUUUGGAUGCUAUACAAAGACAUGACAAUUACUUUGUCCAGCGAAGGGAUAGAAUGGGAAAACUCGGGUUAUCAGGCUUGCAAAAAGUUACAGCUGUAUUUCGUAUGCUAGCAUAUGGUAUGCCGGCAGAUGCUACCGAUGAAUACAUCAAAAUAGGAGAAUCUACAACUUUAGAAAGCUUGAAGCGAUUUUUUCGUGCUGUUGUUGAGGUGUUUGGAGCCCACAAUCUCCGAUCACCCAACGCUCAUGAUGUUGCAAGACUACUCCACAUUGGUGAACGUCGAGGUUUUCCAGGAAUGUUGGGAAGUUUGGAUUGUAUGCAUUGGAAAUGGAAAAAUUGUCCAACUGCUUGGGGAGGACAAUAUGCCGGUCGUAGUGGGUCCCCGACUAUUAUUCUUGAAGCAGUAGCUGACUAUGAUCUCUGGAUAUGGCAUGCAUAUUUUGGCUUACCAGGAUCUAAUAAUGACAUUAAUGUGUUAGAGGCAUCCCAUCUUUUUGCUAAUCUGGCUGAAGGUAUUGCUGCACCCGCUAAUUAUGUUAUUAAAGGAAAAGAGUACAAUAUGGGUUAUUAUUUAGCCGAUGGUAUAUAUCCAAAAUGGUCCACUCUUGUUCAAACUAUCCAUGAUCCACGUGGUCCAAAAAAGAAACUAUUUGCAAUGAAACAAGAAGCAUGUAGAAAAGAUGUUGAACGUGCAUUUGGAGUAUUGCAAUCUAGAUUUGCAAUUAUUGCUGGACCGGCACGUCUUUGGAAUAAAACGGUUUUACAUGAUAUAAUGACUUCAUGUAUUAUUAUGCAUAAUAUGAUAAUAGAAGAUGAACGUGAUCUAAAUGCACCAAUUGAAGAGCGUGUCGAAGUGCCAAGUCCAGAAGUUGAGAUGGUAGAAGAUGAUAAUGCUCGGUUUCAAGAAUUUCUUGCCAGACAUAGAAAAAUUAAAGAUAAAGAUGCUCACAUUGAGCUUCGAAAUGCAUUAAUCGAACACUUGUGGGACGAAUAUGGUAACUCACAAAAUUAAUAUAAUUUAAUUAAUUUUAAGUGUGUGUUUCAAGUUUAAUUUAAUUUAAUGUAAUUUUUUUGUCAUGAAUGUAAUGUUUGUUCUCUAGUAAUGUAAUAUUUAUGUUAUUGCAAUAUGAUAUUUUAAUUUAUCGAAUUUUGCCGAUUUUACAGUAUUAUUGUAUUUAAUCACAUUAGUAAGUUUAUUUAAAUAUAACAAUUGUGGUAAUUUUUGUUAAUUAAUAUGAUAUUAUUUUUUUAAUUUAUUAAAAAAUUAAUAUAAUAAUAAGGAAUAUUUUUUUAGUGUAAUUUUUGGUGUUGUGGUUGGAGUAGAAAUAAUUUUUGACACCAAAUUUGGUGAUAGUGUAACACCAAAUUUGGUGUCUCUUUGGA